CAGCCCGAGUUUGAUGGGCAGUUCUGCCGGUCGGACACCAAACCAAGUCGUGGUUUUUAUUUUAGCAGUUUGAGGCUUCAAGAGAGACUUCAUGAUGGGUGUGACAGAGUUUGUUUCAAACAACAUCAAGUUUGUCUGGCACUCGGCACCAGUACAGCUGGCCGUGCUCGCUCUCGAGUUAAUGGCCCACUAUGCAGCCUCUGCGUUGGAGUCACUGGUGGGUUUGGAAGGGCCGAAAACCCCGGUGACCACCCCUCAAGACCCGGACAAGAAGGCAAAUCAUGAAAACCCGAUGGAAGAGAACACAGAUAAAGAUAGGGCCAAAUUCAAAAGUUAUGUGGGUGGUGCUAGUCUAAUGGCAAGACUCAAAACUUACUCGAUUCAAGCUGUGCAAGUUUUGGUUGUGCUACUGAGAUGUGUUGAACAUUGGCUGCGCUCUCUCGUUGACCAGGCGCCCUCUGUUGACGCAUCAGUCGAGGAACGGCGUAGGGUGGUGGCCAAGAAGAGACUCGAACAACUCAGUUUAAUGACCAGAGUCUGCCGGUGCGCCCUCUACGCCGUGACCGAUACCCUACGUGACAUAGGCGUGACGGUACAGUGGCUUGAAAGUGCUAAAGGGACACUUCACGUGUCCGGGAACAAGAAAGUUGACAACAGCCCAGUGAAGGGACGAACCUCUGUCACUCCAACCAAACGAAAAGACUUUGAAGAGAGUGAUGACGAAGAGGAGGAGACAGGAUUACUGGAUGAGUUAGAGAGGAGCUACGAUUCUCAAGAAGAUGAAGAUUAUGAGCCACCAUGCGAUGCCGAUGUCAGCACAGACUCUGAGGAAUACAAUGAUGAUGGGCAGACAGAUGACGAGGGGUUGGAACUCAGCGGUGCCGAGGACCCCACUAAGCCCCUUGGUCCUCGUCGGGUAUCCAUCCCGGUAGCAAGUGCAGCACAGACUGCUGGCGAGAAGGUCAAAGUUCAACCAGUAAAGGAGUCUGUAGGAGCAGCAGAAGCCGCAGGAGAACAGCAGGAAGAUGAUAAAUUGACGCUCAUGGAGCAACUGAACAAGAGUUAUGAUUCACAAGACGAUACAGACUAUGUCCCACCGAAUGAUGAUGACGCCAGCACGGACUCAGAGGAAUUCAAUGCCGGCGAGACAGAGAGCGAUCUCUCUGACCCCGGUUCAACAGAGGAGCCCAUUGCACCACGCAGAGGCAAGACUACCACAGCAACAACCAAAGAGGCUACCGAUGAAGCCGCCCAAGGGACGGCCAGCGUCCAAGGGAAGGCCAGCGUCCAAGGGACGGCCAGCGUCCAAGGGACGGCCAGCGUCCAAGGCAAGGCCAGCGUCCAAGGGACGGCCAGCGUCCACCCGAUCAAAGCUCCUUCUUCUUCUGAGAAUAGGUUGAAGAUGAAGAAUGGAGUGACGGAGAACGGGGCGAAGGCUGUGAUGGAGACUAAGUUUCCAAAGGUCGACCCCGUGAAACAAAAGACGUCAAAGUUGGACAGAACCCCCUAA